AUGAACGUGACCGACCCAACAUGGGCCAGAAACACCAAAGACCCACAUGGGGAAGAAAGGUCACCAUGCGUUGCAGGUGUGGGAGCCAUCAUCUACUACUGCAUCCUGUUGGGCGUGGGCCUGCCAGUUAACAUUUUGACUGCCAUUGCACUCUCCCGGCUGGCUGCCCGCACCCAAAAAUCCUCCUACUGGUACCUCCUGGCCCUCACAGCUUCCGACAUCCUAACUCAGAUCUUUGUUGUCUUUGCGGGUUUCAUCCUGCAGUCAGCCAUCUUGGAUCGCCAGGUUCCGGGCGCUUUUGCCCACACCAUCAAUGUGUUGCAAUUUGCAGCCAACCACGCCUCCAUCUGGAUGACUGUGCUCCUGACUGUGGACCGUUAUGUGGCAAUUUGUCACCCACUGCAAUACAGAGCUGUCUCCUACCCUGAGCGCACCCAGAAGAUCAUCGGUGUCAUGUUUGCUGUGUCACUGGCCACUGGGAUCCCUUUCUACUGGUGGCUGGAUGCUUGGCAUGAUGUGUACCCACCCACCACCAUGGACAAGAUACUCAAGUGGCUGCACUGCUUUAUCAUCUACUUCAUACCUUCUGGCAUCUUCCUGGUGACCAAUUCAGUGAUUAUCUGCAAGCUCAAGCGCUCAGGUGGCCCAAACCGGCGUCUCAGCAAAACCACGGCCAUCCUAUUGGCGAUCACCACUGUCUUCAUUAUCCUCUGGGCGCCACGAACAUUCGUCAUGAUCUACCACCUCUACAUGAUCUCGGCCAAGCAAGACUGGCGAGUGCAUCUGGCCCUCGAUGUCGCCAACAUGGUAGCCAUGCUCAACACUUCCCUUAACUUUUUCCUCUACUGUUUUGUCAGCAAGACCUUCCAGCUCACUGUCCAGGAGGUGUUGGUGUCUUGGAGGCUGCCUUGCACCCCAUCACCAAGGAAGAAUGGCCCCUUGGACUCAUCUCUGAAGCCAGUAGGGGUCUUGGAUGGCACCUCCGUCUAG